AUGCCUGGUUGGUAUUUUAAUAAAAAGGAACUAAGAAACACACCGUCUGCUCAAGAUGGAAUUGAUUAUAAGACUGAAAUGCGUUAUCGCAAAGAAGGAGCCAGACUGAUUAUUAAUACGGGAUCUAAAAUGGAUUUGGGAUACAAUACAAUGGCAACAGGGGUAGUUUACUAUCACAGGUUUUAUAUGUUCCAUUCCUUCAAGCAAUUUCCACGAUAUGUAACUGCUUGCUGUUGCUUAUUCUUGGCUGGAAAAGUAGAAGAAACUCCUAAGAAAUGCAAAGACAUCAUUAAAACAGCUAGAAGUUUGCUAACUGAUCACAAAUUUACUACAUUUGGUGAAGAUCCCAAGGAAGAAGUAAUGACACUGGAAAGAAUUUUACUUCAAACCAUUAAAUUUGAUUUACAAGUGGAGCACCCAUACCAAUAUCUGUUAAAAUAUGCGAAAUGCCUUAAAGGUGAUAAGGGAAAGCUACAAAAAAUGGUUCAAAUGGCUUGGACGUUUGUGAAUGAUAGUUUAUGUACAACACUUGCACUCCAAUGGGAACCUGAAAUAAUUGCUGUAGCUCUCAUGUAUCUAGCUGGAAAAUUGAGUAAAUUUGAAGUAGUUGAUUGGAUAGGUAGAAAUGCAAAACACUGCAGAUGGUGGGAUAUGUUUGUUGAAGAUGUAACUAUGGACCUACUAGAAGAUAUCUGCCAUCAGGUGCUGGACUUGUACUCUCAAAGUGAUAACACAAACUUACCAGAUAGCCCGCCCUUAUCUCAACAUAAAUUAGCAGCGCCGUCUUUAAUAGCUACAAGACCUUCUAAUGGACAAGAAAAACAACCAUCUUCUCCAGACCAACCUCCCCCAGUCAAUACCAAAAUACCCCCACCUUCUGAAAUUCCACAAUUUCCUUACCAAACAUUUACAGGCGCGCCACCUCCCAUUGCUACUUAUCAAGUUCCAACGACGCCUUUUGCUGCUGCUCCCCCUCCCGGAAUUCCAACAUCUCAUGCGCCCCAUUUGGCGGGGCCACCACCUGGACCACCGCCUCAUAUUAGUGCCCCGCCGCCAAGUGUGUUCCCUUAUGUGAGCCAUCCUCCUCCGUUGAUACCUGUGGUAUCGUCUGGAGGGCCGCCUUUUUUCCCUUCCAACGCCCCACCACCCAAUCAGCCACCUCCCCACAGGCCAUACUAUCCUCCUCCAACAUAA